AUGCAGAAUAUAGUUGGAGAACAACAUAGUGAUUCAUCGUCCGAUGAUGAAGAACUUGAGUUCUUAGCUUUGUUUGGUGUGAAUGCACCUUUGAAUGCACGCUACAAUGUAGCUAGUGUGGGUGGCGAAAAGCGUCAUUUUUAUGACGGGGCAAAAAGUGGACAGGACUGGAUCGAUGAGCUUAAAGCAGGACAUCAUGACAGAAUGCUAAAUGCCAUGAGGAUGGAUGUUCAUUCUUUCUUAAAGCUAUGUGAAAUUUUAGUCAACGAAAAUUUCAUUAAACAAGAUUAUCGCAAAAGGGUUCAGGCUGAAGAGGCUAUAGGCAUGGCUCUACAUUGUGUAAGCCAUGAUGAACGGCAUCGAAAUCUUGCCGAGAGGUUUCUCCACUCCACUGAAACGAUCCACAGGAAUAUUAAGGAGGCAUUGCAAGUUAUUGUGCGUUUAGCCCCGAUUCUACUACGGCCGAGGAAUGAAACUGGUGUGCAUCCCAAGAUAUACAACAGCAAUGCCUUUUAUCCAUGGUUUAAGGACUGUGUUGGCGCUAUAGACGGAACUCUGAUUCCCGCCAGUGCGCCACUAACUCGGCAACGUGCCUUUCGUAGUAGAAAAGGCGAAAUUUCACAGAACGUGUUAGCUGCUUGUGACCACAACAUGCGAUCCACUUAUAUUUAUGCUGGUGUUGAAGGGAGUGCUCAUGAUGCUAGAGUUUUUCAGCAUGCUGUGUUGUCCCCUGAUUCUUCAUUUCCAAUGCCGCCUGCAGGCCACAGAUACCAACGAGACCAGUUUGGCGGGGGAUCUGGUGGACCAAGAGGCAAGUAUGAGCUUUUCAAUCACCGUCACUCGCAACUCCGCAAUGUCAUUGAGCGGAUCUUCGGCGUGCUAAAGGCUAGAUUCCCAAUCUUGAAAGGGCCAAUGCCAAACUACUUGAUGAAUAGACAAGUAGAAUUGGUAAUUGCCUGUUGUGUAUUACAUAACUUUAUCAGGGAUGAGCAUCCGCAUGAUGAGUUGUUUGCAAGGGAGUCCGGGGAAGAUGAAGAAGAUUAUGCCGAUCCGGGUGCACAACCCCAACAAAUUGACUUAUCUGCUGCGGCACAGCGCAAUUGGAAUAGUUUCCGGAUGGCCAUAACCGAUCACAUGUUCGACCACCGGAAUGGGAGAUAUGUUCCACGCUAG